AUGGCUAUUAUGAUUCAGUUACUUGAAGAAUUUGCUAUGAUGUUGCAUAAUAAUGAGAAGGAGGAUGACAGGAAAUACAAGUUUGCACCUGAUUUCACUGUCGCCAGCUGCUACUCCUCUUUAGAAGUGGAUGGAUUUUUGGCUUUUCCUCAUAAACAAAUAUGGAACCCAAAAAUUCCAUUAAAAGUGUCUUUUCUGGCUUGGACUUUGUUUCACGAUGGAGCACCUUCUUUGGAGUUUCUACAGCGAGUUGGUAAGGUUAACUCGAGUACUUGUUUACUUUGUAAUACGGAGCAGGAAACACAAAGUCAUUUGUUCUUACAUUGCUCAGAAACAAGAAAGGUAUGGCACUAUUUUCUGGAUAGUUUUGGAGUGAAAUGGGUGUUUUCUGAGAACGUUAAAUCAAAUUUGUGGGAAUGGAAGGCUAAGAAGAAUAGAAGUAUGAUAAAGAAAAUCUGGAGCAUCCUACCUUUUGCAAUUUGGUGGACGAUCUGGAGAGAGCGGAACUACAGGGUGUUUAACAACAAAAGGCGGUAUUUAGGUCAGUUGAUUGUGACUGUCAAAUAUACUCAGUUUAAUUGGUCUUUGCAUACUAAAAUUUUUGAAGGCUACUCAUUGAGUACGCUAAUUUGUAAUUGGGAAGCUGUGAUUGGCAACAACUGA